AUGUCGCUUUUCCUUCUCUUUCUCCUUGCGUUUGACCCGUCUCAGGCUGGUUCGUCUUGCUCUGCCCCUUGUGAGGUAAAACGUUCAGGGUAUUGCAAACUACGUAGGGUGGAGGAUGUUUAUGUGGAAGCCCCCAGGUUGCCGUGUGCAUUUUGCAACACUACCGGGCACACCGAAGGGAAUCAGCUCGGAUGCCUUCCUCCCACUCUGCCUAAGCUCCAAGUGGCAGGGCACUCCGACAGCAGCGGCAAGCUGAAGCCCCUGCCUCGUCUUGUUCAGCUCUACACACUGCUCCUGGGGCCUGGCAACAUCGUGACGGCUGCACCCGAAACGUUUUCGGCCGUGCCAAACCUCCUUGGGCUGUCAAUGAGCAAAAACGCCAUCAGUGUGAUCGGAAGUUGGUUUGGCAAGAUCAGGAAGCUGACAAAGCUCGACCUUGGCUGGAAUGAAAUCGAGGAGAUCAAGAGGAACGCCCUUCAGCCACUGGCCAAGCUUAAGUUUCUCAGCCUGAGGCAUAACCGCCUUUGUGCUGUUGAAGAGUGGUACUUCACAGGGCUGACCGAGCUCAAGUUCCUGCACCUGAACUACAACAAGAUCUCACACAUCACUUGGAAGGCGUUCGGUCAGUUCAAAUGCUUACGCAAGCUCUCUCUUGACCACAACCAGCUAUUGUCCAUCCCUGCGGGGGCGCUUACUACCAUGCGCAGAAUUGAUCUUGUCGACGUUAAGGAGAACCCUUUCCGUUGUACCUGUGCGCUGGAAAGCUUAACGUCUGAAGGGCCUAAAGCAGCAAGUCUCUAUGCCUAUGACCGUUUGCUGUGCAGCUACCCGCCUAACCUCUCGGGAAGAAAGAUUGCUGACGUGGAUAAGGCUGAGAUGCCGUGUCCACCACCUACAGCCAGGGUGUCACAACAUGAUAACGGAGCCACUCUCGUGUGUGAGGUCUUCUGGGAGAAGCAGCCAGAGAUCAAAUGGUUGGAUCCAAAAGGUAGGGCUAUUGAGGAAAGAGAGUCACUCGACCCAUGUGGCGGCACUAUAAGCACAAGCUUGAAGCACGAGAUGCCUACCACCCAGUCUCCUGAAGGAAGAACGGCGCACUCAACAGAUGACUCCGGCCUACCCUAUAUCGGCAACUCCACCUACACCCUCCGGAUGAGUCAGCAAGCCUACCGGUGCUGGACGGAGGGCAGUUACCGGUGCAUCGUGCAGUCUACACCAGACACCGUCACUGUGGAUCUACCGCUGACCAAGUCAAGUGAGAUAAGCAAAGUCGGGCAGGGACAAGCGCACACCAUGAUGGCAGCCGUCUAUACCACAACAUCCGACUGGCAAAACGCAAAGGUGACAGAAAAGAUCAUCAAACCCACGGACAGGAAGAUUCGUCAGGAUGGUACCACUCCAACACGUAAUGAAGCAAAAAGGAAGAUGACAACUGCCUACACCACAACACCUGUCCAGCAGAACGCCAGGAUCACAGAAAAGACGAGCAAACCAACUGAUAGGAACACUCCAGCAAGAGAUAAUGCAGAAUCGCACACCGGUAUGAUGAUAGGUAUCUACAUCCUAAGCACAUGGCUGGUUCUGGCCUUUGCUAUCGUCGGCAGAAUGUGCUACAAGAGGCAACGACAGAGGCGACAAAAGAGGCGACAACGGGACCGGUACCACAUACCGUGCAAUGCUGCCGGCGACAUACCGCUGCAAAACAUCCAGUCACCGCCGGCCCACACUGCUGGGAGCCCUGUAACUCCACAACAUGCACAAGAAGACAUUCCGGAUGACAUUCCUCCGUAUGCCGAGACGACACGUUUGGAAAACCCUGUGUAUGCCGCAGACGUGACAAGGCCAAGUGGUUCUACAUCUACCCCGGGUCCUCGUCCCAGCCCAAGCAAGCCUGACAUCUCCAUGGUCUUAUCGCGACCCAAACGCCCGAGGGUGGUGGGAAAGGCUCCAGCUCCACCUCCACGGUCCGACGGGACAGCCAACACCGGCGACUCUACCUACUACCCACCGGCCACCAAGACGACAGAUCAACAAGGUAUCCCGGCACCACUUCCACGGACCCCCUCAAUUCUGACGUCUCAUCGCAGCCUCGAAACAAAAAGAAGACCGCAGCAGUGA